GCAGUUCUGUUCCUGUAUCUCUUCAGGCUUGACAUCCCCUAUCGCGCAUUCAGUUUCUCGUUCAGUUUUUACUUCCUUCCUACAAACACCAUGAGCUACUACGCACCUCAGGCAUCUCACAUUUCCUUCACCCGCUCUGUGCCUGUUAACCGUGCCGCUAGCACGUAUGGCGGGGCGGGAGGUCACGGUACGAGGAUCUCCACUGCCUCUGCCAUGUCUCUCCGUUCUGCCCCUAGAAGCGGGAGUAUUUCUGCUUCCUCUGCCUUCAAGGUGAGCUCUGCAGGCAUGGGCACUGGCUCGGGGGGGUCCCUGAAAAUGGGCAUGGGCAAUGAGAGAGGCCAUAUGCAGAAUCUGAAUGACCGCCUGGCCACUUAUCUGGAGACGGUGAAAAGGCUGGAACAGGAGAAUGGCAAACUGGAGCAUAAGAUCAGAGAGGUCCUUGAGAAAGGAGGACCAGAGGCCCGCGAUAAUAGCAAGUACAACUCCAUCCUCGAUGAUCUGAGGAACAAGGUUUUUGAUGCCACUGUGGACAAUGCAAGUCUUGUUCUGCAGAUUGACAACGCUCGCCUCGCUGUGGAUGACUUCAGAGUCAAAUUUGAGAAUGAAAUGGCCAUCAGGCAGUCAGUGGAAGCAGAUAUUGGUGGUCUGAAGAGGGUACUUGAUGAAACCAAUGUUGGUCGCCUGAAUGUGGAGGGUGAAAUUGAUUCCUUGAAAGAAGAGCUUCUAUUCCUCAACAAGAACCAUGAAAAUGAAGUUGGAGAGUUACGAAACCAGAUCACGCAGUCAGGUGUUCAGGUUGAUGUUGACGCACCCAAGGGACAGGAUAUGUCUCAAGUGAUGGACGAAAUGAGGGCUAACUAUGAAAAAAUGGCUCUUAAAAAUGUAGAAGAACUUAAAAUGUGGCAUGAAAACCAGAUGUCAGAAGUCCAGGUGCAGGUAUCUCAGAACACAGAAGCGUUACAAGGUGCACAAAUGGAGAUGAAUGACCUGCGAAGACAGAUUCAGACUCUUGAAAUAGAGCUUGCAUCUCAACAAAACCUGAGAGCAUCGCUUGAAGACACGCUAAGGAAUACUGAGAUGCGUUCAAAUGCAGAGUUGGAGAAGUAUAAUAACAUCCAAUUGCAGCUUGAAGCUGAGCUGGGACAGUUGAGGUCAAAUAUCACAGAGCAGGGUCAAGAAUACGAAGCCCUGCUCAAUAUGAAGAUGAAAUUGGAGGCAGAAAUCAGCACAUACAAAGUACUCCUUGAUGGAGGAGACUUCCAGCUCCAGGAUGCCCUAGAUGACAGAGAUUAAAAUUGCUGGUGCCAAAUUUGAAACUCAACAAACUUCAUGUUUUAUUAACAUUUUUGGAAUGCAUUCAAAUGAAAACCUGUGACAAAUCUUUAUCCUCUUUUUUCUUUUGAAAAUCCUCUUGCAAUUGUUUAACUACAAUUUAUUCAGGGCAGAUGUUGGUGUCUGGCCACAUUUCAUACCUUUUAAAUGUCAUAUACAGGGAAGGCCCUAGUCACUUUUUGUCAAGACUGUUAUACCAGACAAACAAGAAAAAUGUAUGAAUCAAAGAAUAUAAAUAUAAACAUAAUGGAAUUUAUAAUACAUUUUAUAAUGCCAAAUCAUUGUUCAAUUGUAGAGUCUUGUCUGGAAGCUUAAACAUGAAAAUGUGAAGAGAAAUGUGACAAAGAAAGAAAGUAAUAAAGUGAAAGUAUGAGCACCAA